UGUAAUCUAAACAGCAGCAUGCAAAAAUAUGACAUGACAUGAACAUGACAAUAACCUAACCUAUGAUAUUGAAGGCGAGGUGCACGUGUUCCGAUGUAUUCGCUUUUCUUCUAAUACUUUGUUACCAUUUACUAGUAAUUAACUUUGUGCAGUGAUCUAUUUACGUAGUAAUCCCUACGACAAUAGUUGAGUGAAUCGUUGAUAAUUAUAAAAUAUUUGUGGCACGUGUGUUACUAAACCUUUCUGUUGGAAAUCAAUUAAUUUGUUGUUGGUUCUUACUAUUUCGAUAAAAUGGUGUCAAAAAGGAAAAAGAAAUAUUCAACUGGAGAAGGCUCUCAGUUUAUUUCACGGAAACAAGCACUAAAAAAAUUGCAACUUACAUUAAAUGACUUUCGAAGAUUGUGCAUCAUAAAGGGAAUUUAUCCAAGAGAACCACGAAAUCGAAAACGUGCUCAAAAAGGCGAUACUGGCAUUAAAACACUUUAUCACAUCAAGGAUAUUCAGUUUUUAAUGCAUGAACCAAUAAUAUGGACUCUACGGGAUUAUAAAAUUUUUAACAGAAAAGUAGGAAGAGCAAAAGCUGUUAGAGAUUUUAAAACUAUGAAGAAAUUUCUUGACAAUCAUCCUACCCUUAAAUUAGACCAUAUUGUAAAGGAAAGAUACCCAACAUUUAUAGAUGCCAUUCGAGAUUUGGAUGACUGUCUAACAUUAUGUUUUCUAUUUAGUACAUUUCCAUCUCUUGCGCAUAUUCCUCGAGAACAGUUUAAUUUAUGUAGACGACUUACUAUUGAAUUUAUGCAUGCCAUAAUAGAAGCAAAGGCACUUAGAAAGGUGUUCAUCUCUAUCAAAGGUUAUUACUACCAAGCUGAAAUUAAAGGUCAAACUGUAACAUGGAUUAUUCCACAUCACUUUUCAUUUGAACCUCAGUCCAAGCAAGAAGUUGACUUUAAAGUAAUGUCUACUUUUGUAGAAUUUUACUUGAUAAUGUUGGGUUUUGUAAAUUAUCGUCUGUAUCAUUCACUUAAUUUAUUUUAUCCACCAAAACUAAGUAUUUCAACGCCAAAUGAAUCAGAAAAGGCUUUGGUUGAUGAAAACAUGUUUUUAUCAGAAAGAAUUGCAGCUUUGAAUACUCCAUUAGUGAAAACAUCAAAUGAGCCAGUCGAGGAAGACAUAGAAAUUGACACGUUUUCAGAAAAUAAUCCAGAGAAGAUAGAGGAAGCUAGAAAUGAAGCAAUAAAAAUAAAAAAACUUAAAACUUUAUUUAAAGGCCUUAAAUUUUUUUUGAAUCGUGAAGUACCAAGGGAACCCUUAGUUUUUAUUAUACGCUGUUUUGGUGGUGAGGUAUCCUGGGACAAAAAUUUGUUUGUAGGAUCAACCUUCAAUGAGGAUGAUGAAACAAUUACUCACCAAGUUGCAGAUCGUCCAUCUUUAGAAAAACAGUACAUUUCUCGAUACUAUGUUCAGCCUCAAUGGGUAUUUGACAGUGUAAAUGCUAAAGAACUUCUACCAGUCAGCAAAUAUUUCAUAGGAGAAGUACUACCACCACACUUAUCACCAUUUGUUAACAACGAAAGAAAUCCAUUUGAACAAUAUAUUCCUCCAGAAGAAAGAGCAUUAAUGGAUCCAGCUUUUGCUGAAGAAAUAAAUAAAAAAAGACAGGAAAAAGAAAAUAAACAAGUUGAUUGCAUUGAUAAUAAUGAUGAAUUAGAACACGACAACAAUGAAAUUAUUAAAACUAAUGGGUUAGAAGAAACUGAAGUUGAAAAGCUUGAUCCAGCAUUAGAUAAGAAAAAGAAACUGUCAGUAGCACCUGGUACAAUCUAUAAAGAAGAGCCGUGGAUGCAAAAGAAGCAAGAGCGUCAAGAAUACAAAUUAAGAGAGAAAAUGAUAAAGAAAAAGCACAGGAAAAUAUACAGAGCAAUGAUAAGAAACAAGAAAGAUAAAGCUAAGGAAUCUUGGCUUCUAAGGAAGAAAAGACGAAUAAUCGAUGAAUCAAAAAAAGACAACAAAACAUAAUAUAACAAAAUACAUGUGCUGUUCAACAUUAUCAUAAAAACGUUAUACAUUAAAUAAUUUAAUUAGUGAAA